AUGCGCGAGGAGAUGGAGUACACUCUAGACACCGACGAAGAGAAGCCGUAUCGCGUGCGAAAAAACGACGACGACCCCGAGGUCAACCGGUUCGCGGCGGACUGGGUGUCGUUGCACAUGUUCGCCACGCUGCAGUUCUUGACGAAGCGCCACCAGUCCGCCUUCGACUUCCUGAAGAAGGGAAGCAUGAAGUGGGCCGAGAAAGUGCAGCACCUCACCACGGAUGCCCUGGCUGCGGCCGCCCGCGUUCACGCGGGCGGUGGCGGCGUGGCGGCUCUGGCAAGCAACGCCAACGUACCCAACGUGGUUCGGGACGCCCUGAACAUCAUGCAGAUGGCCGUCGCGGACGUUGUCGGCACCGACGGACAUCGGCGCCGCUGCCGCCACGAGGGGGUUGCCUACAUGGCGCUGUUCGGGUGCCCCUUGAUCUUCGCCACCCCGAACAUAGCGGACACGAAGCAGCCGCUGUUCGUCAGGGUGGAGGGCCAGGAGAUCCCGCUCGACGACCAGAGCAUUCCAGGCCUGCGCAGCGACGUCAUCCCAAAGUACCGAGACAUGAUGCGGCGCGUCGCCCAGGACCCGGUCGGCCAGCCCGUGCGCUUCGAACUCAUCAUGCGCCUCUUCUUCGUCCACGUCCUCGGCGUCCGCCCCGAGUGCGUGGGCGGCCGCUGGCGCGGCGUUCCUCCCAGGAAACGCUGCUCCUGGGAUUGGUGCACCGACGGCGUGGCGGCGUCCUCGACCGCUCCAGGGAUCUUUAGGCCCGUGCAAGCUUUCCGUGGAGAGAUCGAGGCGCAAGGUCGGGGAUCGCUCCAUCCACGCAUCCUGGUGUGGUUGUGCGCUCUCUCGACGCGCCAGCUCGCGCACGUGUUCCGACGCCAUCCUGCUGCUUUCCGAGAGCGCCUGGGCAAGUGGAUGAAAGCGUGCGUCAUGGCCGUGGAGACGAGUACUUGCCAGAGCUCCGUGGAGGUGUUGCCGCGGCGUUUCGGGCACGUGGGCCAGCACCUGGACCCUCUGCCGUUCUCUGUCAUCGAACGAGACCAGUCGCGCUUCGACGGGGGCAGCGAGCUGGACGCGCUCCGCGAAGAGAAGCAGGCGGGCGCGGAGCUGACUGAGGACCAGGAGACCUUCCUGGAGACCGAGGACCUGGACCCCUGGCUCCGGCCCGAUCUGCCGUUGCGGGACGCCACAGGCCGCGAGUUGGCGCCGGGGGAAAAGGCGCCGCCGCGGCCGCCCGCAUACGGCAUGCCCAUCGAUGCUUCUCUCGUAGGGACACGCCCCGCGUACCGGCGGCGCGGCCUCGUGCAGCAAGACACCUGCGCGGACGAGCCAGCGGCCCGCGGGGUUGUCCCAGCGGUCUGCUCGGGCGCGCCCGUGGCUCAGUCGCGGCAGCCAGGAGUCGGCCAGGCGACGCUCGCCGCGGGCGAGGAGGCGCCGCCGCCGCCGCCAGGAACGGAAGAGAGCCCUGAGGUCUGGGAGCGCCUCUUCUCGAAGGACGUCCGGGAGCUCGCCGAAGAGACGAUGGCGCACACCACGAAGAUCUGCCGCCGCGGCUUCCACUACAUCGUCGCGCUCGCGGGUUGGCGCAGGCGCAGGCGAGGGGGGCCUCUGCAGAACGCCAUGUUCGCGGCGCGGUCCUCGACGCGCGGCAUGCAGGCUCGUCCGUUGCACUUCCAACUCCACCCGUCCGAGCGCAUUGCCAUCUGCGCAGGCGCCGCGGCGGGGCGCUCCAACCUGGGCGCGCAGGACCUCCGACGAGCCAACGACCCCGAAGAGUGGUUGGACGAGGGCGAGGUGCCCCCGCACGUCGGCUCGCAACCCAAGCUGGGGUACAUGGGCGCAUGCGAGCUGGGCGAGGCCGACUCUUACGUGAACCGCCCGGAGGCCCCUGGGGGGCCGCUCUCGUGGACGGACGACUGUUCGCUGGAGGGGCGGCGGGACAUUCUACUGCAGUGCCCGACGGGGGGCGCGGAGGGCGAGGGCGCGGAGGGCGCGGGCGCCGCGAUUGCCUCCGCGGACCAGCUGGAACUGGACGCCCGGGCCGCGUUCAGCGACGGCCUGAACGCGGGCUUCUACAUCAACUCCUACACGACGACGUAG